AUGGGGAAAAUUAAACACUACUCACCCAUAGUCCUGAGUAUUUUAAAGAGCCUUCGUAGAGCAUUCAAAAUCGGGAUUUUCAAAAUGGCUGCAGCUCCUCAAGCACCGGGGCGGGGAUCUCUCCGUAAGACGAGACCUCUGGUUGUGAAGACGUCGUUGAACAACCCAUACAUCAUCCGCUGGAGCGCUCUGGAGAGCGAGGAUAUGCACUUCAUCCUACAGACGCUUGAGGACAGGCUUAAAGCUAUUGGACUUCAGAAGAUUGAAGAUAAGAAGAAAAAGAACAAAACACCUUUUCUGAAAAAAGAAAGCAGAGAGAAAUGCAGCAUUGCUGUUGAUAUUAGUGAGAAUCUGAAGGAGAAGAAAACAGAUGCUAAGCAGCAAGUGUCAGGGUGGACGCCUGCACACGUCAGGAAGCAGCUUGCCAUUGGCGUUAACGAAGUUACCAGAGCCCUGGAAAGGAGUGAACUGCUGUUAGUUCUGGUGUGUAAAUCAGUCAAGCCUGCCAUGAUCACCUCACACUUGAUUCAGUUAAGCCUAAGCAGAAGUGUCCCUGCCUGUCAGGUCCCCCGGCUCAGUGAGAGAAUCGCCCCCGUCAUUGGCUUAAAAUGUGUUCUAGCCUUGGGGUUCAAAAAGAACACCACUGACUUUGUGGACGAAGUAACAGCCAUCAUCCCCAGAGUCCCCAGUUUAAGUGUACCAUGGCUUCAAGACAGAAUUGAAGAUUCUGGGGAAAAUUUAGAGACUGAACCUCUGGAAAGCCAAGACAGAGAGCUUUUGGACACUUCAUUUGAAGAUCUGUCAAAACCUAAGAGAAAGCUUGCUGACGGUCGGCAGGCUUCUGUAACAUUACAACCCCUUAAAAUAAAGAAACUGGUUCCAAACCCUAAUAAGAUAAGGAAACCACCCAAAAGUAAAAAAGCUACUCCAAAGUAAUCUUGCAUAAACUUGUCAUGUCAUACAGUUUGUGAAAGGACACCUUGUAAAGAAGCCUUGAAACUAAUAAAAUGAGUUAUACUUACAUAGA